CUGAUGACGUAAAAUAAGGAAGCGGCAAUAAGAUUUUUGUGUAGUUUUGUUUGAAACAUCCACGCAGAACCUCCAAAAUGAGUCGUAUAUAUGACAACAAGGCGUUACAAAAUAAACCCGUUCAUAGCGAGAAAUUGUCUUUUUCAUGGGAGCCGUCUGUCUAUCAAAGUGGCCCCGGAGUGAUUUUAGAGGGAACCCUGUGUGAUGUGUCUCGCCAUGCAGUUACUGACAUCAGUAAUAAAAAGGUGCGUUAUAACAUCCUGUACAUCAAGCCAAGUCAAAUUCACUACAGAAAAUAUGACUCCAAGGGUAAUGAGAUAGAGCCCAACUUCAGUGAAUCCAGGAAAGUCAACACCGGUUAUCUUAUGUCAUCCUACAAACUGGAGGCUAAAGGCGAAUCAGAUCGUCUUACUGAGGAGCAGCUUAAGGGCAUAGUGAACAAAAAGGAACUGCUUACUAUCACACAGAAGCAUUGUCCCAGCCAAGCCUUUGCUUUCUGGAUCUUGGAGGCUGAACUGGAGAAGACAGAACUGGAGAUAGGUCAGGAUCUCCGUAUAAAGACUAAAGGAGAUGGUCCCUUUAUCUUUUCCUUUGCCAAGUUGGAUGCUGGCACAGUGACAAAGCACAAUUUUGCAGGAGAUGAGGCAGCUGGGGAUUCAUGGACAGACAAAAUAAUGGCAAACAAAGCAGACGCGCCAAGUAAAGCGAAGCCAGCCGCACUGGGUGAAGGGGCUGAGGAGGAUGAGUGGGACGACUGACCAGUACACAGGAUAGAUGGCUGAAAUUGUGACGCCUCAUGACGUUUAUCCCAAGCCAAUACGGAUCAAGAUCCCGCCCCUCCCGUCACCCAUGGUUUGUCUGUAUGUGUAUUCAGGGCCGCUGAGCAACAGACUUUUAAAAUAAUUUACAAAAUAAUAAAAACUGUGUUAACACGCGAUAAAAUAAUUGUCGUUGUUAAUUAAUUAAUGAGUUAACGCGUUAACUUGCCCAGCCCUAAUUUAUAUACAAUUUUGUGUUAAUUAGGCAAGAACUGGCAACAGUAAUAUAGAUAACUAUGAACAUUUUUAUAGAUAUUUUCAAUGUAAAUUAUGCUAAUCAGUUUAUUUCCUGAUAAAGUAUAAAAAUUCUUUAAAAUGUUGAAUUGUGCAAUUACAUAAUUCUUAUUUUUCAUCAGACUGCAAUCUUUUUUUGGAAAAAAGGAAAAAAAAAUGGCCUGUUUUCUGAUUCAGUGAUGAGAUUUCCUUAAGAAACAGGCUUUGCAUGUGGAAAAAAAAAAACAUUGGGAAACACAGGAUGUUGUUUCUAUAACCACACGAAGUACUCUACAUCUGUUUCUCAUUGCUCUAAG